GGCAUUUUUUCGCCAAUCCCUGAGGAGAACUGAAAAAAGCAGAAAGUAUGGCUUCGACGGCAGCGUACCUGGCUCGGCGCGCGGCGCAGAAGGAGAGGGUUCGGAUCCUCUACCGCCGUGCCCUCAAAGACACUCUCAACUGGGCCGUACAUCGCCACCUCUUCUACGACGACGCUUCAAACCUCCGCGAAAGGUUCGAGGAGAACAGACACGUGGAAGACCCUGAUACCAUUGACAGGCUCAUAGCGGAUGCUGAAGCUUCCUACAACAAGUGGCGCCAUCCUGAUCCUUAUAUUGUUCCUUGGGCUCCUGGUGGUUCCAAGUUUACUCGCAACCCAACUCCACCUCAAGGGAUUGAGAUAGUUUAUAAUUAUGGCCGAGAAGAUAAUGACUGAAAUCUGAUUUUUUCUUGCAUCCUUACAAUGAAUAAAGGUCUGCAAUCAAACUGUUCUGUAUUACUAGAUUGUGGAUUAAAUGACCUUCAUUUAUGUGAUGAGCAUAAAUUGAUACAGAUUGAGGAGUCCAUCCAUGCUUAUGAUGUUGAAAAAAUUUAUCACCUCCGAACCAGAUGGUACCUUGAUUUGAAUGUUUUUAAGAUUCUGUCAUUGAUACUUGUUAGUGCGUGUCUGAAAUUUUACAUAAAACUAGUUGCAUAAAUUGUCUGCAAAUUCUGAAUAUUGGGUCUUCUCGAUAUCAUUUAAACUUUGUUAACUGUUGAGCUACACUAUCACCCUAUUACAAUGGCUAAUGAGAGCUAGUUUAGUACUUA